AUGGCGACGGCUGUACCCGAUGAAGCACUAGUAGCACCCAUAGAAGUGAAAAAAAUCGUGCACACUUAUCCGCUAAUCAGAGAAUCAGAUAUGCCCGAGGAAAUGAAACAAGAAUCAAUGGAAAUGGCAGUGACUGCAUGCGAGAAAUUCGCGGCGAAUAACGAAGCAGCUGCGAAGAUGAUCAAAGAACAAAUGGAUAAAAAGUUUGGGCCGCCAUUUCAUGUCGUGGUGGGUGAAGGCUUCGGGUUUGAAAUCACCUACGAGUGCUCCAAUCUGCUGUAUAUGUUCUUCGGCGGCAACAUGGCGAUUGUCGUGUGGAAAUGCUUGUAAUAAGUAGAGCAUUCAGUUAAAACGUGUACAAGUGUAAUUAUUAUCUCAAAUAAACUCUACUAAUAUAAAA